AUGGCCAAGCCACAGACCCUCAACCCGCGCUCCCUUCAAAGUCGCCUCACCCACAUCCUCCAACACUGGCCCUCAGACGCCGUCCGUCCAGCCUCAGUUUCAGUCCAAACCUACCUCCAGAACCAAUUAGGCCAAAACCAGAGCACACACACCUCAAAGUCUUCAUCCACACCAGCCCCCAAAGCCAUCCCUAAGAUCUCCGAGUCCUCCGUGAACGCGCUCUCCGCACUCCUGGAAAACCGUUUCGCCAACAAAUACCCCCUGUCGCAGAAGAUUCGCUACCCGGCCAGUGACCCGGAGCACUAUGAUAAUCUGAUUCGGGAGUUUGCGGAGGCGCCGAAUCGAGAUUGGUUUGGGCGGUUGCGCAAGAGAUUGGGUGGAAUUUUGCGGUUGCAGUGA